AGGAAUGCCCCCGAGGUCGCACAGCUGGUGACAAACAACUCUCAGUGCCUUCAUCAAGCCGGCUGCUUCACAGGCACAUCUCUGGUGACAGCCUGGGAGAGACUCAGUUCUAAUUAAGGAGCAUCACACACCAUCCUUUCCGGAGGACAGUGGCAAAGACAGCUUCCCUCUGUCCUGCAUUGCGACCCUUCCUUUGAGACCCUCCCCCACGAGGGACCCUGGAGUGUCACGAAGUUUAAUUACCCCACAACCCCUUUGGAUGGGAAAGGAAAUCGCUGUUAAGUUUGAUAAAGCUUCAUCAAGAGAUGUUAUCAGCAGUUUAAAGAUUGCUAACGAAGCAGGCUACUUUAUUUCCUGAAAAGACAAAUUAUAUGCAAGAAAAACCAACCCACCACGAGUGGUCCACGUGGCCUGUGACUAUCUCGGGGUGAUGUCAGGCACGCCCGGGUGGCCAUCGCCCAGUGGAAGUGAAGUUGGCCGUAGCAGGCCUUGAGGCCCCCAGGCCUCCCCCGUUGCCUUGUGAUCAAGCCUCCGUCUCUGGGAUUUUUCUUCAAAGUUCCUCCCCAGUUCUUCGUGAUUUCCUCCAGCCCAUCACUGGGAGGCCCCAUCAGGAAAGCAGAAAUGGCGACCACGAGGAAAAGGAUUCUCAAACUGCUCACCCUCCUCAUCCUCUUCAUCUUCCUCACCUCCUUCUUGCUGAACUACUCCAAUACCAUGGUGGCCACCCCCUGGUUCCCCAAGCAGAUGGUCCUCGAGCUCUCUGAGAACGUCAAGAGGCUGAUGCGGUAUCCCCACAGGCCCUGCACCUGCGCUCGCUGCAUCGGACAGCGGGAGGUCUCGUCCUGGUUCGACGAGAGGUUCAACCGGUCCAUGCAGCCGCUGCUGACAGCACAGAACGCACUCCUGGAGGAAGACACCUAUAACUGGUGGCUGAGGCUCCAGCGGGAGAAGCAGCCCAACAACUUGAACGACACCAUCAAGGAGCUGUUCCGAGUGGUGCCCGGAAACGUGGACCCCCUGCUGGAGAAGAGGUCGGUGGGCUGCCGGCGCUGUGCCGUUGUAGGCAACUCGGGCAACCUGAAGGAGUCCUGGUACGGGCCACAGAUAGACAGUCACGACUUCGUGCUGAGGAUGAACAAGGCCCCCACAGCGGGGUUUGAGGCCGACGUGGGGAGUAAGACCACCCACCAUCUGGUGUACCCCGAGAGCUUCCGGGAGCUGGCGGAGAACGUCAGCAUGGUCCUUGUCCCCUUCAAGACCACCGACCUGGAGUGGGUGGUCAGCGCCACCACCACGGGCACCAUCUCCCACACCUACGUUCCUGUGCCCGCAAAGAUCCAAGUGAAAAAGGAUAAGAUCCUGAUCUACCACCCGGCCUUCAUCAAGUACGUCUUCGACACCUGGCUGCAGGGCCACGGGCGGUACCCGUCCACCGGCAUCCUCUCGGUCAUCUUCUCCCUGCACAUCUGUGAUGAGGUGGACUUGUACGGCUUCGGGGCAGACAGCAGAGGGAACUGGCACCAUUACUGGGAGAACAACCCAUCGGCGGGGGCUUUUCGCAAGACCGGGGUGCACGAUGGGGACUUCGAGUCCAACGUGACGGCCACCUUGGCGUCCAUCGACAAGAUCCGGAUAUUCAAGGGAAGAUGACACUGCGAAGGGUUAAGGGCUGAUGCACCAGAGCGCGCCUCUCGAGGUCCAGCCCCAGCGUCUCGCCGGAGCCAUUCCGUCUAUGGAGCUCCGAGGGCCAGCCUUGAGGGUGCGCCCAGGUGCCUCUUGCAGCCUCUUGCACCCCAACUUUUGGCAGCAUCUACUCAGCAAGGUCGCCGAGCCCUGCCAGGGCUGCAGAGCAAUCUCAGAACUGGUCUCUGGUGGGGAGAAGCUCCUUGCUGCUGUCCCGGGGCCGGGGAAGGUGGGGAGACAGACGAGGGAGAGGUCCAGUCUCCAAACG